AUGAUUCCGGACCAUCUUUUUGAAGAAGGCAUCAACAAUACGUUCUUGGAUUACGACAUGCGACAUGUUCAACGUAAUAGAAACAUACAGGAAAAGACGCAGAAAGAUUAUGAACAAGAACAAAGGGAUCUACUGUCAUCACAAGACGGCGAUACUUGUGAGAUACACGACCAAUUUUAUCGAGAUCACAAACUUUUGUUGGUGUUGUUCCGAGCGCUUGCCGUUAUGCCUAUCACUAGGUCUCGUCCAGGCACAAUCACGUUUAGCUGGAAGUCAACAGCGACUAUCUACGCCGUGUGUUUUUACAUCGCGGCUACGGCGGUGGUUCUAAUAGUUGGCUAUGAACGGAUUCAGAUAUUGCAGUCCAUCAAGCGCUUUGAUGAUUACAUCUACGCCAUACUAUUUAUAGUAUUUCUCGUUCCACAUUUCUGGAUACCGUUCGUGGGUUGGGGCGUUGCUCAUCAAGUAGCAAUUUACAAAACGAAUUGGGGAAAGUUUCAGGUUAGAUACUAUAGAGUAACUGGUGAAAAUCUUAAAUUUCCCAAUCUAAAGACAUUGAUUGUUAUAAUAAGCGUUGGAUGUUUACUUCUUGCUGUGUGCUUUCUACUGAGCCUCUGCGCACUGUUGGACGGAUUUCUGUUGAAACACACUUCUGCUUACUAUCACAUUAUAACAAUGAUUAACAUGAACUGUGCUCUUUGGUAUAUCAACUGCAAGGCAAUCAAAAUUGCUUCUCAAAGCUUGUCGGAAUGUUUUCAGCGAGAUGUUGAUAUAGAAUGUUCAGCACAACUAAUAGCUCGAUAUCGGUAUUUGUGGCUAAAUCUUUCAGAGUUGUUGCAGUCUUUGGGAAAUGCUUAUGCUCGCACGUACUCUACCUACUGUCUUUUUAUGUUCGCAAACAUAACAAUAGCUGUUUACGGUGCGUUGUCUGAAAUUGUGGACCACGGUUUUGGGUUUACUUUUAAAGAAGUAGGCCUGUUCGUGGACGCGGCUUAUUGCUCAACUCUUCUUUUCGUUUUCGCGGAUUGCUCGCACAAGUCUACUUUAAAGGUCGCCGCCGGUGUUCAAGACACUCUUCUUUCAAUCGACGUAUUGGCUGUAGAUAGACCGACCCAAAAAGAGAUCGAUCACUUCAUACAAGCAAUUGAAAUGAAUCCGGCGUUCGUGAGUUUAAAAGGCUAUGCUCACGUCAACAGGGAACUACUAACUUCAGCCAUAAGUAUGAUAACGAUUUAUUUAAUCGUACUAUUGCAGUUCAAGAUCUCCUUACCGAAGGAGCCACAUGGCACCGGUCAAUAAAUGAAACAUAUUAUGAUCAACAAUUUCAUUGUAAUUAUCUAUUGACUUAGUUUACAUUCACAUUGUAUUGUUUUGGUACACUUAAUUAAUAAAAGAAAAAGAAAGAUUCCACAUACAUAUUAAA